AGGAAAACAAAGGCCACGACCUGACAUGGGCUUAAAUAAGAAUGAACUUUGAGGUGGGAUUUGGAGAACUCACGCAAGUUCAAAUUUUGCAGAUUUUCACGCUGCUCCUCUGUAGUUCUCAGUCGAUUCUGAACUCAAUGGUAAUUUUGGGAGGCAUCAAUCCAGGCUCUCCACAAAGAUGAUUAUUUGCGAAUAGAAGAAUUUCAGUCAAUGGGGCGACUGUUUCUGAAACCAUCAUUAAUUCAGUUAGGUCUUGCCACAGUAACCACAGGACAAUCUGCCCAGGCUCUGGCUGAUCUGCAUGGAGGCACCCUGGUCCGUAUUCGUGCUCCAAGGUCAGGACUCUAACCCAUCCUGGCAUGCUUCAGAUACAUGGAGCAGGAACUCCCAGGUAGUUAUAAUGGGGCACGUCUGCAUGGGCCAGUUUGGAGGGGGCCGGAAUAAACACAGCAAUGCUACAAAAGAGGAGAAAGAACAUCUUUCCAUGAACUCUGCCCAAGACACUCCCUCCCACUGUCCAUUAAAAUGUCACAUCAGCCAAGGAUUAAGAGAGCAAGUGGCCAGGCAGAACACUUGCAUAAUCAUCUUAGCCUUUUCAGCAGACAGGAUGGGGAGAGCAAGACUGGAUAAAUAACUUCAUAGUGGCAAGGAAACAAUGAGGCCUUCACGAAUGGGCGGGUAGCAGGGCUGUCCUGAUCAAAUCUCUCCCUCCCCUUUGUAACUGAUGGCCGGGGUGAACAGCCUUCUAAAUCCUCUCUCUCCUUUUCUCUGCCUCUCAAUCUCUCUCUCCCCUGUCUUUCCUCACACCCCUUCCACUGGCAUGACAGGUUGUAAUAAUUAUAUUUACUGGGGUGUCAGUGUAAAAAACAAGCUUCCUGCUUAUCUCAACAGAAGUCCUGCAAAGUAGCCACGUUUCCACUGAAUGGCACAGGCCCUGAGAGACGGGCAAAGCUGAGGUGCAGCCAUUACAAAUGCCAUGUCCCCUGUCCCAGCCAGUCAUAGCUUGACUGCUGGCACGACAUGGAGAAGGGGAUCCUCCUUCCAAGCUUUAAGAGAAGGCGAGUUGGUAUCAUGUGACACCGAUACUACUCCAGGUGCCAGUAUGUUCUGGAGCCUAAUGCAAAAUCCUCAUGUUAACCAUCCAAGCUUUGAAUGGCAUGGGGCCAAACUACCUGAAGGGCCACCUGCUCAUGUGCUGAAGCCAUCGCUAGAAGGGCCUGUUUUGCACCCAUCACCUAGGGCAGCUGACCUGGUGACUGCAAGAGGAGAGAGUCUUCUCAGUCACAGUAGUCCCAGACCUCUGGGAUUGCCUGCUAUUGAAUAUUCAUCAUGCCCUUCUUUGCAACUCUUCAGGAAAGUCCUGAAGAUCCACCAAUUUUCGCUGGCCUUCCCUUAUAAUUUUGGGCCAUUUGUUUUUAUUUGUAAAUAUUAUUACUGAUUUUUAUUCAUAAGCUAUGUUUAAGUAUGUACAUACUGAUUUCUGUUAAGCAUUUCUCUUUUUUUAACCUGAUAAAGCACCCGGGGUGAGAGGAUUACCCUUAAAGGUAACCUAAAUAUAUCUUUAAGUAAAUAAAAUAGGGAGAAGGUGAGAUGGCACAACAACAUAUCACGGGUCACAUCUGUGAGGGCAUCUGCCUCCCUGCGACAAGAUGAGGCAGCUUUAACGCUGAUCUUAAACCUGUGGGUUUCCUUUCACUUUGAUCACUGACUAUGGAAUCAUUUUUGCAUAGGCCAUUUAAGAGCGCCAGAACAAACUCCCAAAGGUUCUGGAUUUGAGAAUAAAGCAAUGCAUGUUGUUGGCAGCCACCAAUUCGGAUGGCUUUAAAAGGGAAUCGGACAACUUCAUGGAGACAAGAGCUCUCCUUGGCUAUGGCCCAGUUGGCUAAUAUCCUCUCCUUGAGGAACGUGGAAAAGAGGGUACUGUUUCUGCUGUGGGUUUGCCAUGGACAGCUCGUUGGCUGUACAGAAUGCUGGGCUGGAUGGCUCUUGCUCUGAUCCAGCAGUGAUCUUCUUAUGUUCUUAAUGGACUCAAAAGAAAGGAAAGUGGUGCUUCAGUCAGAUGCCGUAAUUGACAAUAAACUUCAGCUGCAGCGUUGCCGGAUCUAUCAGCUUACUUUGAGAUGCUUUUGGCCAAACGUGCCCAGCUGGCAAUCUCUAUACUGUAUUGAAAGCUCAGACUUCGGUGUGCUCUGUCUGAAAUUAUUAAUCAUGAGCAGGGGUGGAGAAGAACCAAGUUUCUUUCUUUGAAAGAAAUCUGUUUCUGUUUCAUACAGUGCCAACCUGAUGGGAGUCUGCAGAAUGGCAGCUAUCAGGAUUUCUGUGUGCCUGCAGAGAGUGCAAUUGCUUUUCAAGAAAAACUCGAGUGCAAGACAGAAAAUAGCAGAAAAGAUCAGAUUUCAGCAACGAUGUGCAAAGCAGAGGGGAGAGACUAAAUCUACCUCUUCUGGACGCUGCAAGAUCUAGGAAGAUCCCAGUUCUGUACCUACACCGCCUCUGCUGAAGAACAAGAAUUUCAUCAGAAAAUAGGACAGAAGAAAAGAGCAAUUUCUGUGCAAGAAAAACAAAAAAAGUGAAGAAGUUGUGACCUGCCAUUACCGGAGAAAAUCUAUCAACAGUAGCACCAGUGUUUGGAAAAGCAGCCAAGUGAAAGGGGCUGGAAAGGUACAAAAGGAAGGAGGUGCUGCAGCCAGCAGACUGUUCGUUGCCGGGAUCCUUGGCCUUCACAUGAUCUAAUCAGCGACCCCUAAUGAAAUAAUUUUCUAGGAAACAUGAUCUUGCCUUAACUUACUUUUUUUUUUAAGAUUUCUCUUCUCACAUAGCAAAAGAAGUGUAUUUGACACUGCUGAUAAUUUCCUCUCAAAUUGCCUGGGUGGCAAAGAGAAAAUUACAAUUAUUUGUUUUGAUUAAACCUUUGGAAGUAGAAAUUAGCAGCUGUUCGGGGGGAACUGAAGAAAAGAGAUUUGAAAGCUAGAUGCAUAUUUUCUUGUAAAGGACGAGAAGAAAGAGCCUCUUUCCCAAUUGCUCAAGGAAGCAGCUACACGCGCUGUUCUUUGAACACUAAAAGUAAUUAAAUUGACUUGUUGCCUAAGUUAAGCAAAGGACCCUCGCGACCUCCACUUCUUACCUCCGUUGCCAUUUGCUCAGGCAUCCAAGUGAAGGAAUCACAAGUCAGCAUGCUUCCCAGCUGGAAAAAGAACAUGAAAAUGUUUGUAUUGGCCUUGCUUUUUGUCAUCACGAUCACCUCAUUCUUGCUGAACUACACAAACAAUGCCCCCAUCAUGACCUGGGACCCUAAACAGAUGGUGUACCAGUUUUCAGAACAGGUUAAAAAACUGAUGAAAUACGCCAGGCGUCCAUGCAGCUGCAAUACAUGCAUCUCUGAGCAAGAGGUCUCGCCCUGGUUCGACGAGAGAUUCAACCAAACUAUGCAACCGUUCUUGACCUCAAGGAAUGCCUUCAUACCCAAAGAGAGCUAUAGGUGGUGGCUGAAACUACAGGGAGAAAGAAGCCCCAAGGGUAUUAAUGAGACCAUCCAGGAGCUGUUUGAGGUCAUUCCUGGAGAUGGAGACCAUUUAUUGGAGCGAAGCAGUUCACGAUGCAGGAGGUGUGCCGUGGUGGGGAAUUCGGGUAACCUUAAACAGUCGCAGUAUGGCCAAGAGAUCGACAACCAUGACCUUGUGUUCAGGAUGAACAGAGCCCCAACAGCUGGCUUUGAGUCGGAUGUUGGCAGCAAAACCACACACCACUUUGUCUACCCAGAAAGCUACAGAGAGCUGCAAGAGAAUGUCAGCAUGAUCCUCAUCCCAUUCAAGAUCUUGGACUUGCGUUGGGUGGUCAGUGCCCUCACCAAUGGUACCAUCAACCGCACGUAUGUUCCAGUUGUGCGUAAAAUCAAAGCCAACAAGGACAAGAUCUUGGUUUAUCACCCCCACUUUAUCAAAUAUGUUUAUGACAACUGGCUGCAACAUCAUGGGAGAUACCCCUCAACGGGUUUCCUAUCCAUUAUAUUUUCCCUUCACAUUUGUGAUGAGGUGGAUCUGUAUGGUUUUGGAGCAGACAGUAAAGGGAACUGGCACCACUACUGGGAAAACAACCCGUCUGCUGGAGCUUUCCGGCAGACAGGUGUCCACGACGGGGAUUUUGAAUCCAACGUAACGUGGACUCUUUCUUCGGUUGACAAAUUACGCAUUUUCAAGGGCAGAUGACCCUGGUUGCAGGGUGUUCUGUACUCCAACUACUUGGAUGGCCUAUACACUUGUAAAAAAUAAAGGACUUUGUGGAGCAGCCUUUAUCUAGCACCUCAGCUGAUGACACAACCAGCCAUUGGGUUGGAAUUAACAAGCACCGUUGAUUGGCACUGGGUAGGUUGCUAGAUAUUUUUGCCCACUUUUGAAGAAUGGUAAAGAAUCCCUCUCCAUUAGUGGUGGAACAUGGGCAUUUCUGCAUCAGACUCUCCCGCUGUAAGAUGUCUCAGUCCUGCAAUCUGGGCUCAUGCUUGUCAAAAGGAAAGAAGGCAGCUUGUUAUGCUGGUAAGGAUAAUGGACAACAUAACUGAUCUCUUUUCCGAGGCAACAGUGCAGCAGAAGAGAUACGAAAACAACCAACCCCAGUUUGCACACAUUCGUGGAUGUGAAACACCCUCUUCAUGCAAGAUUACCUCAUGAGAGCUGUUCCAUCCUCAGUCUUUUCAGUGAAACAUCCUCACUGGUCUUCUGACCCUCGGCUGCUGCCAUGAACAAGUGUGAAUUUGUCUCCAGUGGUCAAAACUGGCACCAGCUUGCGUUUGCCAGUGUCUGGAAAAAUUGAAUGAAACAGUUCCAUUUUCCAGAUAUUAUUCUAAUUAUUGUGUGAAGCAUAUUAUUGUUCCUCAUAGCCAUAAAGGGAGGUGGGGUUGUAAAUGAAGUAGUCACUAUUGUUUACCUUUCAAAAAUGUUCUGAGUGUUACCCAGCUCAGAAGUCUGCCCUAAAGCAGAAAUUUUGCCUGGAGCUAUUUUUAUAUCUAUAUCUAUAUAUCUGUCAUAGACACGUGCCUUUCUAAGAUAGAGGGAAUGUAAAAGAGGGUUUGGCUAUUGGGCUCCCUCAAAGCCCAGCACCCUCAGUUAAACUUUUUAUGUGAAAUUAACUGACCAAAGUUUGAGCCUUCUCACAAGAUCAUUUUGUAUUGACAGCUUUCUUCAGUCUACUUGAAACGUUUGUCACAACUGUCUUUUCUUUUUCCUUCUGGGAGAGCUAAACAUCUUUGCCUUAUUUUAAAGAACUUUUUUUUAAGAUUAGAACAAAAGAUUUUGCUUCUCUUUUUAUAACAUUAGUAUAUAAUUCCCACAGAUAAGUUAAUGGAGUGGAAGAAAAUGGCCUCCAAGGUGUGGAAAUGGUUCACGGACUGUGUCUAAAGCUGUUGUGUUCAAGGUGGAGAUCCAUACCAAGGGGAUAGGGCUUCCCUGAGAGAAGGUUCCAUUGAACUCAGUGGGGCUUACUUCAGUGUAGACAUAUAUAUGAUUGCACUCUUGGUGACCUUAUAAAGAGCAAGAAGAAGAAAUGAUGGUCAAUGGCCAACAAGAUUUAGCUGCACUAGGUGACUAUUCAACAGAAGGCUAGAACAUUCUAGAAAACACUUAUCUUGAGGAGGAUAAAAAUGGCAGAAAAGGUAGUACCACAGGAAUUGAUCACAAUGGUGUGAGGAAGAGAGAAGUGUAACUUCUUCAGAAAAAUGGAGAUGGAUCCAACCACCCUAAAGUUACCUCAUAGAUGCUGACUAACAGUUUUUCUGACAUGCCAGGGGAGAAUGUGUGUCCAGAAGGCUGAGACUGCUCUUCUAAAAAUAGGGAUGUGGAGAAACAUACUAUUUGCAUUUGAAUGCAGAUUUACUUAAUUUUACCCUUUCAGACUAUUGUGCCCACCAAAACCUCACCAUCCUUCAAAAUUUGUAUUUAUCUGAAUUUUGCAAUGGAGUUUGCCAGUCAAAACUUAUAUACAGAAAUGCAAAUGCUAUGAAAGAUCAUGUUAAAAUAUUUUAUCUUUGGAAAAGGUUGCCCAAAAAUGUAUGUAUUAGGAGAAAUGUGUACAAAAUGGUUUACAAAUAUUUGUGACAAACUUACAAAAAAACCAAACCAACCAUAUUAUCCAAGUAUGGAUUAAGCCAAACUUAAGACUGGAGCAAUUUUCAAUUAAAGCAAACCAAAAUGGUUAAGAUUAGAAAAAGGAGAAGCUAACAAAACCCAGAAAUGAAUAUUCAUCCACCCAUCCCUAUUUUUAAUAAUAUAUAAAGCACCUGUUAUUAUAAAAUUAAAGCUAUAUCUUCCUGGAAGAUGUCUUUGAAAGAUUUCUUUCAAUAAUUGUUGUUGUGUCCUGGAGUCAAGCUACAUGAUAUGCUGAAUGCCAUUGUUUUUGGAAAACGGCUUCACCUGGCCAAGCUAUAGCAGGAAAUGGAUGUGGAACAGCCGUCCAGAGGACGAACAUGUUCUGGAUUGUGGCACUGUGGUUGUUUUGUCUCUUGUCCAAAACAGAAGUGGCCAGUUGGAGCCCAGCUUCACUGAAAGAUCUGUAUUAUGAGUGGGUGAACUCUUCAUAGGCUUAAUAUUUAAAAAAAAACCUCUUUAAAUCAGUGCUGCAAAAAUAUUUUAUUGGUCCCAACCAUAGCUACACUAUGCGUAAGAUGCACUGAAAACAACAGGAUUUGAAUUUAAAUCUCUUUGAGGAAAAUCCAACAUAAAUCCUUCUUAGACCCAUCAGAAUGAAUGGAGCUUAAGUUAGCCAUGAUUAACAAAGUCAUGUUCUUUUUAAUGGUUCUACUCUAAGUAUAUGUGGAAUUUGUGUGGAAUUUUACCCAUUGGUUUCAGUGGGUUUGUUUAAGUCUGGCUAAGUCUGGAUCUAACCACUGACUACUCCUGGCUUGUUUAAAUUCUGAGGCAAGAGUCUCCAACUACUGAAUAGCUGGGCCUUGAACAGCAACUUGAUCUGUAAACAUGAGCAUGUGAUUAUACCUUCUAUUUUUGGGGCUGCCAAGCAGAAAUCCAACGGGAGGAGUUUCCCCUAGCUUGUAGUACCUGGGAGCAGCUUCCCUACAUGCAUUCUUAAAUAAAAAAUUUCAACCUAAAAAAAAAAUUCAACCUACAUGCAUUCUUCCCGCCUUGACACAAAAUGCCUAUUACUGGCGACACCCUUGCCCAUUCCCCCUUCCCGCAGGUUUCCAUGUGUGGAGUUUGGCACCUGUUCUCAAGUUAGCCAUUUCUUUGAUUUUCUCUGUGUUGUGCUGGUUUGGGGUCUGCGGUAUCGUUUGCUUAAAAAUAAGAGAGAAGGCUCUGAAAAACUUGUCAGCAAUUAGAUCUCAAAGUAGGAGCCCUCUUUCUUUGAAUGCUUGACCACUCCGUGCGGCUUGCAUCCUGGCAGAGGGAGGUACAUUUUGUUCCUUGGCUGAAUAAACCCCUCAGACCACUUUCUCUUUUACCUCUAAAUGGUGAGGCCCGUGUUCCCCAUGCUCCUGGGACUGAUGAUGUCCUAAAACCAGGGAUUUGUGUCCCUUGCCAGUCCCAUGUCCCAUCUUGGUCUGCUGCAGGAUCCUAGGCUAGCAGUCAUUCCUGCAAUGCCAGGAAGUUGAUACUGUUUUUGUUAUGUACUGUCAAGGCACCCCAACUUGUGGUGAUCCUGUGAAUGAAACUCCCCCAAAAUGCUCCAUCUUCUUUUGGGUCCUCCAUCUCUUCUUAUGCCUUUGGCUUUCCCUAGCAGUCAAUAGGGGCCCAGUUAACACUGCUUCCAGGGGCUCCAUCUGCCCCUUCACCCAGGCCAGGAUGGGGCAGAACCUCUCUGCUGGGGGUGCCUUUCCAGAACCUGGGGCACAAGCAAGACAGGGCUUCCUCAGAACCAUAGUGCUGGAUGGGGGUUUGGCCAUUGCUUCCAGCCCUCUUCACAGUGCAGGAAACCUGUUUCCAGCAUCCUUGACAGAGAAUAGUCCAUGGCUUGCUUUGCUGUCUGGCUGAGCACUAGGAAGCUUUUCUUGAUGUUCAGCCGGUCCUCUUCUGUGGCACAGCAGUGGGGAGUCCCGGGGGGAAGUGUUAACGGUUGCCAUCUUCUCCUUGUCAGCUGCCUGAGACUUUUUAUCUGCAAUCCUUACCAAGUGGCAACUGGAGGGUUUUUUUUAAUGUACCAGAAGUAUCUAGGAAGGAUCCAUUAGCCUGUAAUUUAAUAGUUGACACAUUUCCUGUUUUGUUGGAAGUAGUAAAUAAUUUUGCUAAUGAUCUGGGGAGAGGGAGAAGAUGCUAAGCUUGAGACUACCGAAUGAAGACAGAUUUUUAAACACCAUUUUCUUCUGACAAAGGAAUCACUUUUCCAAAGCUGUUAUUUUCCUUGAAAGGCAAAUGACAGCUGCUGUUGGGAGGAGCCAUAGGGCACCUUGAACUGAAAGUAUAAAAACACCCAGAAAGGUUAAAUAUAACAUAUAUUUUGGCCCUUCUCUGGUUUCUUGCUGCCCAUGCAAGUAUUAAAGAUGCAAGUGUACCAGGCACUUGGAAACACAAAGCAACAACAAUCAAUCUUUAUAGCCAGUGGGAUUUUUAUUUUCUUUUUCCAAAGAAUGGCUCCUCUCACCACGCAUACCACACAUGAAGGUACUGUUUGAAUUAUCCUGACUGUGCAAAGUAUCUCAGCAGCCUCAGUUGGAGGCUAGUGUUGCCACCUUUUAAAUUAGCCCUGCUCUUCUGCCUUGUAGCAGCAGCUCUGGAUACAGAAAUAGACCAGGUGACAAUUUUCCUGAGAAGCAAAUGAAGUGAUGGGGGAGCGUCAUCAGCUAAAUUUCUGGUGUUGCUGUGAAAGGGACUGAAGAAAGGCCAACGGUUUGGGGGUUUUUUUGCUUGUUUUAUGUGGCAACUCUAAAAGCCAUAUCCAUUGCGACCUUAGGAUUGCUUUUUAGUUGGUUCUGGAGCAAACGGAGUCAGAAGAAGGCUCUUGGUAAACUUAGGGCGCCAAUUGCCAGGUGCAAAAUGAGGAUCCUUCCAGAACAGGGUUAAUAUGAAAGAAAAGCAUUGGGACCAGGGACACACGAAUCCAUCUAGCUUUCUUCCUGCUGUGCACACAGAUGGAGUCACCAUCUUUUCCCCCUGCCCAUGCUCUGCUGCUGUUAAAAGCUAAAGCAGAUGCUUCUCUCCAUGCCACCAAAUGCUUCUGCAGAACAAGUAGCUGUUCAAGGUCGAAGAGCGGGCCUAGGUAGUUUUCUGUGCAACUGGCAACCACAAUCACAGAGAAGAGAGCCUCCAGUUCGAACCGUGCCAGCUUCUUUCCCUGGAGGCUUACCCCCGUAGCUCAAUGGAAGAGCACUGUCUUUGCAUGUGGAAGGCUGCAAGUUCAUUCCCAGGAUCGCUUGCUUCAAACCCUGGGGAGCUGCCACUAUUGCCGUUGAGCCAAUGGGGGUGGGCUGGCACAGGGCCGACGACGUAAGCCAGAAAAACCAGUGGUUUGGUUCAAUGUUGGGCAGUUUUUUCUGCUCCUAGCAUUCAUACCCAUAUUUUUGAACCAGAAGUUUAAAACCAAGCUUCUUAAACUUGGCCUGCGUUUCUUAGCAAUGCAAACUGUCUUUUAAGUGUGUGUGUUUGUGUGUGUUCAGCAAAACCAAAUUUAUUGGUACACUUGUUUCCAAAAGAGUUGACUUCUUUUCUUCUUCUUUUCCUUUCGGUCUUAUAUUACUCUUUUUAUAAUCACUCUUUCCAAAUGAAGGAUCACUUGUGGGGCGUUUUGGUGACAGCUUAUUUAUUGCUCAUAUUUUCAAUAUGAUACAAAUGAUUUUAAAAUAAAUUUUGUAUUGCAAUAUAA